AUGGCGCAAAGAUUUUUUUUCGAAUCCUUUCAGUGGUCUACCAUCGAGGCAAGUGAUGAUGACGACGAACUUAUCAAAUUUCACGUACGUUGUUUUGGUGCACAUUUCCAAAUCCAGUAUCGAUUACAUGAUCUAUCUCUUUCACCAUAUCUUUUAAAACAAUUUCAAGAUUCCCUUACUCUUAUGAAAAUAUGUGAACUUGGAGAUAAUCUAGAUGCCGAAAGGGCCUUAGAGGAGAUUCAUCGUCUCAGACAACCAUUCGAAGAGCUUAUGAUCAAAUUAGCUCCAAAUCCACCACCUUCAUACGAUUAUUUAUCCGAUUAUCUUUAUUUACCGAUUUUGAUUCUCGAAGCUAUAGCAACAACUCAAAGUAGCACUGCCGUUCAACCAAAUUUCAAAGGCGAACUACCACGACAAUCAAGAGUGCCUAUCGGUCAACAUAUCUCGAUUUGGGGACAUUGGUUGAAUGUUAUUAUUGAUGAUGAUCGCGAAGUAUUGCAGCAUUGGCCUCGUCCUUCGAAGGAGGAUUUGUAUAAAAAAUGGGGAAGGGAUGGUUGUUUUCAGGAUUGGACGGAUGAGCAAUAUGCAGAUCCGAACUUUGAUCUGAAGCGCUUAGUAGGCAUGCUGGUCUACUAUAUUGACAACAAGGGCACACUCGAAGAAAUAGCGCCUCAGUCUGACAACGAGCAUCAAUGUCGUUGGGCUACCGAGCUUGAAAGCAUCGUUGGGGAAUUGCAUUCUGCGGGUUUGGUAUGGGGCGAUGCCAAGCCAAGUAAUUUGUUGAUUGAUCAAAAUGAUCAAUUAUGGCUUAUUGACUUGGAGGGUAGCUAUACACCAGGCUGGGUUGAUGAGAACAAUAGGGAGAGUCAGAAAGGGGACUUGCAAGGGGUAGAGAGGAUUAAGGAAUGGUUGGCUAAAUAUGAUAAUAAGUCUACUCAUUGUAUUGGUUUUGGAAAGAAUGAGUAA